CUUCCGUUGUGAUCGGAUAUAGGCAAAUAGUCACGACUUUAAAUUUAUUUAAUUAAUAAUAAUUCUUUGUUUUUAAUUAUAAAAAUGUUACGUUUGAUAUUAUUGACGGCGUUGAUUUUGAGUUUAUCAAUUGACGAUAUACGUUGUGAUCCGAUUGGUAAUAACAAUGAUGAACAAUUUAAUUGCACAGAUGGUACCAGUAUUGAAUAUAUAGAUCUAUGCAAUGGUAAAAAGGAUUGCAACGAUGGUUCUGAUGAAUUUUUGUAUAAUGAUAUCACCAAAAGCUAUUGUGGAAACCAGAGUUGCCCAAAUAAUUAUGUCAAGUGCAAUUAUGGUGCUUGCAUACCAAUUACACUCCUAUGCAAUGGCGUUAAGGAUUGUGCUGAUGGAUCGGAUGAGUGGAAUUAUAAUUGCACGGAUCAUCCAGAAUAUCCUGACGAGUGGAAAGCGUGUGAGUCCGGCAAUUUUAUUGAAGCAAAUAAAUUUUGCGAUGGAAAAAUCGAUUGCCUUACUGCUAAAGGCAAAGAAGAAAACAUUGAUAACAGCGAUGAAAGGCCUUUUCAGUGUCUUUUAAAGUCAUGUUCCCCACACAAAAACUUUCGUUGUGAUUAUGGAGGAUGCAUAAAGAAAUCUAAAAUUUGUAAUCACUUUAAAGAUUGUAUUGAUGGUUCGGAUGAGAAAGAUUGUGAAUACGAAGACGCAAAAGAUACACCUAGAGCACAAAAAGAGGGCUGUGAAAUUAAAGCCAAUCAAAAUUACAAUAUAAGAAAUCAGAACCAGAACUCUAAUGUUUACACCGGAGCGGUUGACCGGGUUUCCGUCGACACACGCAUUUCUAUUAGAUGUAAAAAUAACUAUGUCUUCUCUAAUGGCUUAUCACAGCAGUACAGAAUAUGUACAAAAAAUGGUUGGGAUCAUCCUCUUCCAAAAUGCAUUAAAUAUUGCGAUGAGAGAAUUCUAUAUAUCAGCAAAUCUACAAAGGUGGAGUGCAUACAUAGUCAUCAGACUGUUGAUUGUAAAAAUAUAGUACCCGGUACGAUUGCAAGAGUAAGCUGUGCCGAUGGUUAUCAAAUGCCGGAUACAAUAAGCGAUUCCGAGCAAUAUGCGAUGACCUGCACAUCAGAGGCAAAAUGGGAUAAACACAAAAUAAACUGUGAUCCCGUUUGCGGUCAUCAAGUGAGUUCCUCUAUCCCAAGUGCAUCAGAUGCGCCAUGGCAUGUGGGUGUCAAAACAUAUAUAAAUCAAACGUGCGGAGGUACUAUUGUGUCACCAAAAAGUGUGAUAACUGCUUUACAUUGUGUCCAAGAUGAAGAUAUUAUGACGCUGAACGAAACCGAUGUUACCGUAGUAAUCGCUGGAGAUUUAAAAAAUGGAAAUAUUCAUAUUUUUACAGUCAACGUGUCGGAGAUCAUCGAUGGAGGAGACAUCGAUGUUGCCCUACUAAAGCUAAGCGAAAUACUUACUUUGAGUAUGAACACAAGACCGAUUUGUUUUACUAACGCCGAAGCUAUUACAAAAUCCAAUCGAGCAUUUCUUCAUAGUUGGACGAAGAAUGAAAACAAAUUUGGCGAUGUAUUUAACAAAACCGAACUGCAAGUAUUACCGAAUGCUGAUUGCAGCGCGAAUUUGAAUCAGACCUAUAUGUGUGUGCGACGAAAAUAUAAACUUCAUACAAAUGGCACACUAUGCGAAGGAGAUAGUGGAGCCGGAAUUAUUGUGGAAAAUGAUGGCGUUAACUAUAUAAUUGGUAUACUCAUUCAUAAACCCUCCCGCAACGCAGGCUGUACAAACGAGCCUGUCGUUGGCACUGUAUUUAACCAAAUACCAGAGAAACUUUAUAAAAGCAUUCAAGAUGACAAAGAAAGCAAAUAUAUUUAUAUAUUGAAAUGAAAAAAUGUAUGCGCAUAUGUAAUUGUAAAUGUUUUUAAAAUAUAUGCAAAGAUUUUAUA